AAAAAUAAAAUUAUUUUGCUACAAAGGUUGUUUGGAAAUACUGUACAGGUCGGGGUUCGAUUUAUCAGCGGCCCAACCCCCCCCCAAAAAAAAAAAAAGCGGAAACUUCCCAAAAACACUCGCAAUUUUAACAGGAACACAUGGUUUUCUAGUUGGCAUCCAAAAAAAAAAUUUGUUUUCCCCUGUAUUUUUGUGCCAACACUUCCCCUGUCCUCCUUCACCCAAAAGUCAAAAAAAAAAAAAAAUCUAAAGGGAAUUUAAAUUUCUGAUUUCUCUGAUUCGUAUUUGUAUUUGAUGAAAAAAAAAAACUAAAUACGAAAUUGUGGUGGAAUUUCACAGUUCAAAUUCCCUGAAAUAGGGUUUUCAAUUCGCUAAAUUUUUCAUCAAAUUUUACGUUACGUCUUUAAAUUUUGAUUUUAAGGAGGCCUUUUUCUUUUUCGCCGUCGUCUUACUGUUUACCUUUAUGUAUUUGAGGAGAAAAAGGUCAAAGUAAAAAUUUAGUGGAGGUUUAGCGAUGUUGGUUGGAAAUAGCGGUGGAUUUAAUGUUGAAACUUGCUUCUUUCAUUUGGCUGAAUGGCAUCCUUUGCAAUAACAUAUCUGAUUAGGGCUUCAAGCCCUCUUUUAUUUAUCCCUCCUUCCUUCCUUUUUCAAAUCAGAUCAAUGGGCUGUUGCGGUUGCUUUGGCUUCACUGCAAAACCCAAACGGUUGCCAAGGUCCGAUUGCAGGACGAGCUUUCAAAUGUCCCAGGAGAAUUUGUUAGAUGAAGAAAUAGAAGAGGAUGAUUGUUCAUAUAUUGGUGAGAUUACCAGCACUGCUCAUGGAGAUGAGGUUGAGUCUUUAAGCCAUGCCAAGCGUUCUGAAGAGAUCUUGAGGUUCAAGCUCAAAAAUGGAUUGAUUUGCAGGCAAUUUCCUGUCAAGGAAACAAACAAGAUUAUUCGUUCGGAGGAUGAAAAUGGGAAUAAGAUGGUUAAUGAGUAUGUGCGGGAAUGCAAGAUUGGUUCUGGUAGCUAUGGAAAAGUGGUUCUAUAUCGAAACAGUGUAGAUGGAAAACAGUAUGCUAUUAAGGCCUUUCAUAAGUCUCAUUUAUUAAAGCUGCGAGUUGCUCCAUCAGAGACUGCAAUGACUGAUGUUCUUCGCGAGGUUCUAAUUAUGAAAAUGAUGGAACAUCCCAAUAUAGUUAAUCUCAUUGAGGUGAUUGAUGACCCAAGCACGGAUCAAUUCUACAUGGUUCUUGAAUAUGUGGAAGGCAAAUGGGUUUGCGAGGGUUCUGGUCCUCCUGGAGGCAUUGGAGAAGAUACUGCUAGGAAGUAUGUGCGAGAUAUAGUAUCUGGGCUUAUGUACCUCCAUGCUCAUAAUAUUGUGCAUGGAGAUAUAAAACCUGAUAAUUUGUUGAUUAGUAGCACGGGUAUGGUGAAGAUAGGAGAUUUUAGUGUCAGCCAGGUGUUUGAGGAUGACGAUGAUGAGCUUCGCCGUUCUCCUGGGACUCCUGUUUUUACUGCACCUGAGUGCUGUCUAGGUUUAACAUAUCAUGGAAAAGCUGCUGACACAUGGGCUGUAGGAGUUACUUUGUACUGUAUGGUACUGGGAAAAUAUCCAUUUCUCGGUGAAACGCUACAGGAUACAUAUGACAAGAUUGUUAAUAACCCUUUAAUUCUGCCGAAUGACAUGAACCCAGAGUUGAGAAACUUACUAGAAGGAUUUCUUUGCAAAGAUCCAAAACAGAGGAUGACUUUGAAUGCUGUAGCAGAGCAUUCCUGGGUUAUUGCAGAAGAUGGACCAAUCCCCCAGUACUUGUGUUGGUGUAAGCGUAAUAACCACGAGAGGGAAGAAUGUAUUGGGAGAAGUGAUACUCAUUCGACAGAAACUGACUAGAUUAUCUUCUGGCUUCCGCAAAUUUACUGUACAGUAAAAAAAAAAAAAGAAAAACCUAGGUCUUUUGUUUUGUUCCCUUCCUUUUAAUUUUUGCCCCAGAGGCUCAUAAGAUAGCCAAGACUGGGAGCAAAAUUUUCUGGGAUACAUGAGAUAUGGUAGGUUCAUUUUGUGCAAGGAGUGAAUUUGUGAGGUAUGUUGUCUUCGCUUUCAAACCGGUUCGGGAGCUUCAGUUUGUGAAGGUUUUCUGGAUGUUAUAAUA